GACAGGACAUUGGCAGAAAACCCAAGAAUGUUCCUGUGGGGACCAGAAAACUUAAAAAUGACUUUAAAAUGGCCACAGGUGCUCCUGCCUCUGGCCACCCUCCCCCGUGGGACCUGGAGAGGAAAAAGAGCCAGACUGCUGUGGUCCUUUGUGUCCUGGGUUAGUGGGAAAGCAUGUCUGUGUCCCUGACUGCAAGGACAUGUGGACAUGGUGUUGCCAGGACAGGGCUUCCAAGAGGACCUAGGAAGGCACGUGGAGGAGUGUGCUGCCCGCAGGGGAACAGUGCACCCAGGGAAAGGGGCUGCAUGGGAAAGGGGCUGCAUGGGAAAGGGGCUGCAUGGGAAAGGGGCUGCAUGGUUGCCCCGGGACUGAGCUGUGCAAGUCUCAAAGUGGCAAUUUUGAUGUCUUAACCUCUCCAUGUUCUUACUGGCACCAUCCCCCACUCUUGCUUUCUGGUCUCAUCCCCACCCCUCCCGCCCGCUCAGGAGUUUCCUUCUCUUCUUUGACCUUUGGCUCCUCCUUAUUUCACUGGACCGGGAGCUUCAUUCUCCUGCCUGCUGCCCCUCCACCCCUGACACACUGUAACACUGGGUGGACAAAUCCCUCAACAGUGUCAUAUCUGACUUUUUUUUAUUAUUAUUCAUUGCAUGAUUUAUUUUUAGCCCGAAACAACUGCAUCCUAAAAAUGGAGUUCUUAAUGAGACAGAGGCUGGGAGAGCUAUGCAAGGUAUCUAGGGCUUGGCCUCCCAGCCUUCUGCCUGGCUCUCGCUCUGUGCGCAUGUGUGCAUUAAGCCUCCACAGUUUGUCCUGCACCCGAGACUACACAGCUGCAGGACCCAAGGAGGUGACAUCAGCCUCUUUGCUCCCUGCCCGGUUCAGCAAAGCCUCUAAGAGCCUCCCAUCCUGUCUCCCAUGAUUUCUGUUCUGGGGAGCGAGAAACAAGACUUUUCCCAAAUGAAGAGAACCCAUCUGCUCCUGGUGGGGGUUUAUCUGCUGUCCUUUAGCAGGGCAGAAGAGGGGCUGAACUUCCCCACGUACGAUGGGAAGGACCGAGUGGUCAGCCUUUCGGAGAAGAGCUUCAAGCAGAUGUUGAAGAGAUAUGAACUGCUGUGUCUCUACUACCAUGAACCGGUGUCUUCAGACAAGGUCUCACAGAAACAGUUCCAAUUGAAGGAGAUAGUGCUGGAGCUCGUGGCCCAGGUCCUGGAACAUAAAAACAUAGGCUUUGUGAUGGUGGAUUCCAAGAAAGAAGCCAAGCUUGCCAAGAGACUGGGUUUCAAUGAAGAAGGAAGCCUGUAUGUUCUGAAGGGUGAUCGCACGAUAGAAUUUGAUGGGGAGUUUGCAGCGGACGUCUUGGUGGAAUUUCUCCUGGAUCUCAUUGAAGACCCCGUGGAGAUCGUGAAUAACAAGCUGGAAGUCCAGGCCUUUGAGCGCAUCGAGGACCAGAUCAAGCUCCUCGGCUUUUUCAAGAAUGAGGACUCCGAAUAUUACAAAGCCUUCCAAGAGGCAGCUGAACACUUCCAGCCUUACAUCAAGUUCUUUGCCACCUUUGACAAGGGGGUGGCAAAGAAGUUGUCCUUGAAAAUGAAUGAAGUUGGCUUCUAUGAGCCAUUUAUGGACGAGCCCAGUGUCAUCCCUAACAAACCGUACACAGAAGAGGAGCUUGUGGAGUUUGUGAAGGAACAUCAAAGACCCACACUACGUCGCUUGCGCCCAGAGGACAUGUUUGAAACAUGGACCACAGGAGAAGACGACUUGAACGGGAUCCACAUCGUGGCCUUUGCAGAGAAGAGUGACCCAGAUGGCUAUGAGUUCCUGGAGAUCCUGAAACAGGUUGCCCGGGACAACACUGACAACCCUGACUUGAGCAUCUUGUGGAUUGACCCAGAUGACUUUCCACUGCUUGUUGCUUACUGGGAGAAGACUUUCAAGAUUGACCUGUUCAAGCCACAGAUUGGUGUGGUGAAUGUAACAGACGCUGACAGUGUCUGGAUGGAGAUCCCAGACGAUGAUGACCUGCCCACAGCUGAGGAGCUGGAAGACUGGAUUGAGGAUGUGCUUUCUGGAAAGAUCAACACUGAAGAUGAUGAUGACGAAGAUGAAGAUGAUGAUGGUGAUGACAACAAUGAUGAUGAUGAUGAUGAUGAUGAUGAUAAUUCUGAUGACGAGGAUAAUGAUGACAGCGAUGAUGAUGAUAAUGAUGAAUAGCUCCAGAUCUGGGUGAAUCUGAUGAGAACGAUAUCACAACUACCCCCGACCAUACAGAUGACCCAAGGGGGCAGCAAGCAGCGGUGCCCACACCCAGUCAGCUCUUUUCCUUUCUCCAGCAUCUUUUUCUAGUCAGUUCUUGGCAGGAGUGGUACAUUUCAGUGAAUGCCUUCCCAAACCCAGAAAUCCCACUCAGCAGGGACAGGAGGGGAGUGAUUCCCAUGCUGGCUUCUUUUAAGCAUCCAAGAAACAAACAGCUCUUGUUCUUUGCUAGACCAUCAGGGGUCAUGGAAUUCUGGGAGUCUGGAGAUAGUAUCUCCUGACACCUCUACUCAAGUUUACUUACUGUCUUUGAUUCCGAUAGUGACAGAAAUGACAGCUUGCUAUUAGUUCACAAACAGGGAGUGGACAUCUAAUCAAGAGCCCAGGAAGGUCACAUGAUUAUUCAAUUCAGCCCCCAAACCUAGAAUCUCAGUGAACUCAGACCCAAGCCUUUGGAUAACUAUUAGGAAUGCUUGAAAUGUAUGGGCAUCACCAUCAUUUUUAGAAUAUUAGGAUGCUGUGUGGGGGUCAGUUAACUCUCUGAAUGUCCCAACAGUUCGAAAGCCUCAUAUAUUCACCAGCAGUGAGAGAAGGGAGAGGCUGAAGGAUGAAAGGUUUUUCAUUUUUCUGAUGGAGACAGUCUAGGUCUCUGAAGGGUUUGUUGGCCGCCUAGUGUGAUCUGGGAACUGAAUGUCCCUUCUCUGUCCCUGCUAGUAAGUUGUCUCAUUCUGAGUUAAAAUUGCUUUAUCCAAUGGUCGAUUAACUCCCCAUUCAUCAGCACUCCUACAGUUGACCAGGGCAUCGAUAAUUAGAGUUCAUGAUGCCCUGAGGCACUGAGGAAAAAAAAAAUCCCAAGUGCCUUUUGAAUUGUCUGAAAGCAACAUUGUGCUUGGUAGUUUUAGUUGCUAAGUAAGUGUUAUAAUUUAUUUUCAAAAUCUGUUAACAUGGAGAACACUCUGUGUGGUUUUGUUUUUGAAACUGGGGCAGUCCUUUUAUGGAACAGUAAUAAACUGACGGACAUUAAACUCAUAUUUUGAAAAGAUCGAGGCUAUCUUGAUAAUUCUACCCUGGUCUUUCAGAGUUUGUUUUUGCCUGGCUCCAGUUCUACCUCUCUGCUCCUGUCUGCCCUUCCAUGAUUAGCAUUUCAGUAUCUCUCAGCUCUGGACACAUUUCCAGGCACUAUCAUCCAUGCCAUCAACUACCACCU